CUGCAGCACAUUACCGCAGCUUUAAAAAUGUCUUCAACUCAGUAUUUUAGAGAACUAAUCAGCGAGCGACUAACAGCCGCCGCUGAGGAAAUAUUGACGGAGUUUGAAAAGACCAUCGUCCAGUACGAAGAGGCGAUGGAUCGUCAGCGCAGACUGCUGGAAACCAGCCGGAGACCGAAAAGAAACCCGCGUAAAAGAGAACCUCGACGGCAACAUGUUCAUACAAAACAGAAGAUCCUCAGUGACCAGUCAAUCUGGAACCACAAGAGGAACUCCAGUCUGGACCAGCAGAAACCAAAACCUAUACAGAUUCCAGUGAAUCAGGAUAAAGUCUGCCUUAGUCCAGAGGUUCCGCAAUUUGUAUUAACGCGGAAAACUGAUUCCUUUGUGAAGCUUCAGAGCCGACCCAAACCUGAAAUACGAAUCAGUCCAAGUCCUGUUGUCCAGUAUCAGUACAAGAACGGCAGUCUGGACCAGCCGGCACUAAAACCUCUACAGACUCCAGUAGAACAGGAUGAGGUCUUCAUCAGUCAGGAGGAAAAACAGCAAAUACUUAAAAAGAAAUCUGAUUCCUUUAUGAUGCUUCCCACCAAAACCAAAUCCCAAAAACCAAUCAUUCCAAGAUAUGUUGUCCAGAAGAGUACCUCCAGUCUGGACCAGCAGAACCCAAAACCUCUACAGAUUCAAGAACUGGACAAAGUCUGUAUCAGUCAGGAGGAAAAGCAAUUCGUAUUAAAACUAACUGAUUCCUUAAUGAUGCUUCAGAGCCAACCCAAAUCUGAAGAACCAGUCAUUCCUAUACCUGUUGUCCAGUACCAGGAGAGUACCUCCAGUCUGGACCAGCAGAACCCGAACCCUCUACAGGUUCCAGAGGAACAGGACAGAAUCUGUAUCAGUCAGGAGAGAGGGCAGAGAAUAUUAAAACAGGAAACUGGUUCCUUAAUGAUGCUUCAGAGCCAGCCCAAAUCUGAAGACGCAGUCAUUCCUAUACCUGUUGACCACUACCAGGAGAGUACCUCCAGUCUGGACCAGCAGAACCCAAACCCUCUACAGGUUCCACAGAAAAGGGAUGAGGCCUGCAUCAGUCAGGAGGCGAAGCAACUCGUAAUAAAACUAACUGAUUCCUUAAUGAUGCUUCAGAGCCAGUCGAUAUCUGAAGAACCAGUCAUUCCUAUACAUGUUAUCCAGUACCAGGAGAGUACCUCCAGUCUGGACCAGCAGAACCCGAACCCUCUACAGGUUCCAGAGGAACAGGACAAAAUCUGUAUCAGUGAGGAGGAAAAGCAAUUCGUAUUAAAACUAACUGAGUCCUUAAUGAUGCUUCAGAGCCAGUCGACAUCUGAAGAACCAGUCAUUCCUAUUCAUGUGGUCCAGUACCAGGAGACGAGCUCCAGUCUGGACCAGCAGGACCCAAACCCUCUACAGAAAAGGGAUGAGGCCUGCAUCAGUCAGGAGAGGGAGCAGCCCAAACUCAAAUCUGAAGAACCAGUCAUUCCUAUUCAUGUGGUCCAGUACCAGGAGACAAGCUCCAGUCUGGACCAGCAGGACCCAAACCCUCUACAGAAAAGGGAUGAGGCCUGCAUCAGUCAGGAGAGGGAGCAGCCCAAACUCAAAUCUGAAGAACCAGUCAUUCCUAUUCAUGUGGUCCAGUACCAGGAGACAAGCUCCAGUCUGGACCAGCAGGACCCAAACCCUCUACAGAAAAGGGAUGAGGCCUGCAUCAGUCAGGAGAGGGAGCAGCCCAAACUCAAAUCUGAAGAACCAGUCACUGCAAGACAUGAUGUCCGGUUCUUGAGGGAGAUGGAUCCUCAUCACAGAUUGAUGGAUGUUACCUGGCAACCCAUGGUGAAGUUACACAGGAUAGAACUUCCAGAGCAGCGCGUUGGUGGGGAGGACAUCAGUGGCCAGCAGUCCUGUGGGAAAGAGAGCAACUGCAGUCUGGACCAGGAGGAUCUACAGCCUCCACCCACUGAAGAGAAGCUAAAUGAACAAUGCUUCAGUCAAGACGGAAAGCAGCUUGUGCAGAAGCAGAGUGAUGCACGUAUUGUCACGCCUGCUUAUAAGGAAAAUGGUCAAAGUGAACCAGAACAGAACAGGGACCAGCUCUUCUCUCUCAACUCUCCCUCAGCUGAGAGCCAAAAACAGGGGCGACGCAAGCGUCACAUGACCACAAAUCCUGAUGCAAAAGUAAACCGUUCCCUUCCAGAGAACAUCUGUAUGACAGAUAAAGGGAAGAAUUCAGAAGCAAGAGACACUUGGGCAAAGACUGAAAAGAAAAAGCUUCUGCAGAAACAUCAAAGAAUCCUGGACUGUGAGAAACCUCACCCUUGUGAGACUUGUGGGAAAAGAUAUUCUCAUUUACCAGCAUUUAAAGCGCAUUUAACCGGCCACGUGCGAAGAAGGAACCUUCAUCCUUGCAGAUAUUGUGAGAAAGCAUUCAAACACCCAUCAUUACUGAAAUUUCACAUGAGAACUCACACAAUCGAGAAGCCGUAUUCCUGCAAAGUCUGUCACAAAGAUUUCUGCAGCAGUAAUGCUCUGAACACCCACAUGAGAACUCACACGGCUGAAAAGCCGUAUUCAUGCACAGUGUGUCAGGAAACGUUUGCUUGGCACAGCUCCCUGGUAGACCACAUGAGAACACACACCACUCAGACACCAUAUUCAUGCAAAAUUUGUGGGACGGGUUUAUGUAGUAACGAAAGCCUGAGGUUCCACAUAGCAAGUCAUACGGACGAGAAGUUCACUUAAGAUGUGUCCCAAAGGGAAAAGUGCCAUGUGGAAGUUUUUACAUCAUCACUGUAGAUCAAAGCUGUUAAAGAGCUUCGUUUCAGUGCACGUUUCAGUGCACGUUAGAGCUGCUUAUCAGUGAGGAAGAUGAGGCUCCUGCAGAUCAGAUCUUCUCCUCACCUUCAUGUACUCCGUCUUCAGCAUCUCAUGGACGAAGAAAAUUACAAAAACAAGCUUUUUUUACUUUUCUUGGUUAUUAAAGGUUAAAAAUCUGAGAUUUAUAAUCAUCCACA